AUGUCUACCCAAGAGUAUGACCAACUGUACAGUCAAACAGGAAAGAAGAUUGGAUUUGAUGAUUUUUCAUUAGUAAAGGUUGUUGGAAGAGGUAGUUUUGGAAAGGUACUUCAAGUGAAGAAGAAGGAUGAUGGAAAGAUUUUUGCUAUGAAAAUUCUUGAUAAGUCCAAAGUAAUGAAAACUAAACAACAAAAACAUACCAAUGAUGAAAAGAAAAUUUUACAACAUGUUAAUCACCCAUUCAUAGUUCAAUUGUAUUAUGCUUUCCAAACCCCAGAGAAACUAUAUAUGGUUAUGGAAUUUAUUAAUGGUGGAGAAUUAUUCCAUCGUUUAGAUUUAGAAGAAUGUAUUAAUGAAGAACAAACAAAAUUUUAUACCUCUGAAUUAUGUUUAGCAUUAAUACAUCUUCAUUCUUUAGGAAUUGUUUAUCGUGAUCUUAAACCAGAAAAUAUUUUAAUAGAUGCUUCUGGCAACAUUAAAUUAACUGACUUUGGUCUUAGUAAACAACUUUCAAGUGAAGAUGAUCAAACAUCUACUUUUUGUGGAACACCAGACUAUUUAGCUCCUGAAAUCCUUACUGCAAAAGGGUAUGGUAUUGAAGUUGAUUGGUGGAGUUUAGGUGUUGUUGUUUAUGAAAUGCUUUCAGGUUAUACUCCAUUUGCAGCAGAUGAUGAUGGUAAUCAAAAUGAAACCUAUCAAAAUAUAUUAAAUAAAGAACCAGAGUUCCUUCCAUCAAUAUCAUCUGAUGCUCAAGACUUUAUAACUUGUUGUCUUAAGAAAGACCCUACUCAAAGAAUUAAAGACGAUCAGAUUAAGGGCCAUCAAUGGUUUGCUGGAAUUGAUUGGGAUCUUCUCUUACAAAAGAAAGUUCCUGUUCCAUGGAAGCCAAAAGUAUCUGGAGCUGAUGACGUAUCUAACAUUGAUGAAGAAUUUACUAAUGAAGAUGCUCAAAAAAUGACACCAUCAGAAAAUGUAGCAUUAAAAGGAGACGAAUUUGCCGGAUUCACUUUCCAAGAUGAUGCCGCUCUAAAUGGACAACUUUAA